UUUAAAAUUAUUGCUCUGCAGACUAGAUCUAUAAUUAUAAUGAUUUCAGCUGGUUUUCAAGGCGGAAUUGGACUCAGAUUAGAUGCUAACGUUGGAGGAAGCAAGCUUAUCAUGACGAACUGCACAACGCCUUGAAAUUCUGUUUCUUACACAACAAACACGCAACUAACAUAAUAGUAAGAAUGUGGGGAUAUUUUCAAGUUCGGUUUUUCACGUUUUUAUCACUUUUAUUCCUCCCUUUGGCCUGUCAGGCUUUUGGAUCAGGCUACACAUUGACUUCAGUUACAGAAGCACCAGAUGGUAAAUCCUUGACAGCCCAGUUACAGUUUAUUUCCAAUAAUUCGCUAUAUGGCCCGGAUAUACAACACCUCAAACUGCAAGUCAGGUAUGAGUCCAAUGAAUGUUUAAGAGUUUAUAUCACUGAUGCAGAAAAACAGAGGUGGGAAGUCCCCAGAGAAGUAGUUGCCAGAGAUGAAAACCAUCAUGGUGCUAAUGAGAAUAGCAGUAAUACUUAUGAUCCUGAAUUGCAGUUUUCAUACACCCAAAGCCCAUUUGGAUUUGCAGUUACAAGGAGAUCCAAUGGAGAAGUCCUGUUUAAUUCCAGUGCACAAGGUCAAGGAAAAGCUUAUCCAUUUGGAAACAUGGUGUUCGAAGACCAGUAUUUGGAGAUAUCUACCGGCCUUCCCUCAACUGCUUUUCUGUAUGGAUUGGGGGAGAGCACCAGGCCUGGAUUUAUGCUUAACAGGAAUGGGAGCCAAUAUACUCUCUGGAACCUGGACAUUGGGAGUGUGAAUUUGUAUCUGGAUUUGUAUGGGUCUCAUCCAUUUUAUAUGGAUUUGAGAGCAGGGGGCGUUGCUCAUGGUGUAUUGUUGCUUAAUAGCAACGGGAUGGAUAUUGAGUAUGGGGGCAACUACUUGACAUACAGAGUGAUUGGGGGAGUUUUGGACUUUUAUUUUUUCUCUGGCUCCUCUCCCCUCUCUGUUGUUCAACAGUACACAGGCCUAGUGGGUAGACCUGCUCCAAUGCCAUACUGGUCUUUCGGAUUUCACCAGUGCCGAUAUGGAUAUAAGAAUAUUUCAGACCUUAAAUCAGUUUUAGCUGGAUAUGCAGAAGCAAAAAUACCACUUGAAGUUAUGUGGACAGACAUUGAUUAUAUGGAUGGUUUCAAGGAUUUCACUCUGGACCCUGUGAAUUUCCCUGAGAAAGAAAUGAGAGAAUUUGUUGCAGAAAUCCAUGCUAAUGGGCAGAAAUAUGUUCUCAUAAUUGAUCCAGGAAUAAGCAUAAAUGAAACUUACAAAACAUUUCAGAGAGGAAUGCAGGAUGACAUUUUUGUGAAAAGAGCAGGUGCUCCUUACCUUGCACAAGUAUGGCCAGGUCCAGUAUAUUUUCCAGAUUUUCUUAACCCAAAGAGCCUCUCUUUCUGGGAAAAUGAGAUCUCGGAAUUUCACAAUAUGAUUCAAUUUGAUGGCCUUUGGCUUGAUAUGAACGAGGUUUCGAACUUCUGCAGUGGAAUUACAUGUUCCUUGCCAAAGGAUGGGGAUUGCCCAAGAAAAGAUGCACAGACUGAUUGCUGUUUGAUUUGCAGUAAUGAUAAUAUCACCAUGUGGGAUGAUGCUCCUUACAAAAUCAAUGCUGCUGGAAUUCACAGACCUCUGGGCAAUAAUACCAUAGCAGCCAGUGCAGUUCACUAUGGUGACAUAUUGGAAUACAACGCACAUAAUCUUUAUGGGCUUACAGAGGUCAUUGUAACCAACAAGGCUCUGAAAUCAGUAUUAAAUAAGAGGCCAUUCAUAGUGACUCGCUCUACCUAUGUUGGAUCUGGAAACCAUGCUGCACAUUGGACAGGAGACAAUGCUGCAACAUGGGAUGACCUCUGGUACUCCAUACCUACAAUGCUAAGUUUUGGAUUGUUUGGAGUCCCCAUGGUUGGUGCUGAUAUUUGUGGUUUUUCACAAGACACAACAGAAGAGCUCUGUAAUAGGUGGAUUCAACUAGGUUCAUUUUAUCCCUUUGCCCGAGAUCAUUCAGACAAGGGUACAAUUCGGCAGGAGCUCUAUUUAUGGAAGUCUGUCACAGAGUCUGCAAGGAAGGCUUUAGGUUUGAGAUACCGCCUUCUUCCAUACAUAUACACAUUGUCUUUUGAAGCCCAUACCAAAGGAUCUCCAAUUGCAAGGCCUCUAUUCUUCACAUUCCCUAACGAUACUAAGACAUGGGGGAUCAGCACACAAUAUCUAUUGGGGAAAGGAGUUCUUGUGUCCCCUGUUUUGAAGGAAGGGGCAAGGACCGUGGAUGCAUAUUUUCCAAAGGGUACAUGGUACAAUCUGUUCAAUGUUUCAGAUUCAAUAACAGUGGAGAGUGGUGCAUAUGUAAAACUUCAAGCUCCUUUAGAUACUAUCAAUGUUCAUGUAUAUGAAGGGACCAUAUUGCCCAUGCAAGAAAUGGGUAUGACAACAAGUGAAGCCAGGAAAAGCCCAUUUAGUCUUGUAGUAGCUCUGGGCAGUGGGAUGGAAGCAACUGGAGAGCUAUAUUUGGACAAUGGAGAUGAUAUAGAAAUGCAAAUAGAGAGUGGCAGAUCGAGUUAUGUAGAGUUUUAUGCAAAUAUCGUAGGGGAAGAAGUUAGGCUCAAGUCAUUAGUCCAAAUGGGGGAGUUUGCAAUUAAAGAGGGAUGGAUUCUCCAGAGUGUUACAGUUUUGGGAUUGAAUCUUUCUUCUGCUUCUGUUGCAGAUGUCUCAUUUCCUACUUUAUCUUUCCAUUUCGAUGGUUGGGAGGAAAGAAAAAGAAAGACUGAAACCAUUCUACUUGGAAAAUCUGCAAGUGUUUCUCCAUCAUUCUCGGUAAAACAAGUCAGAACUGGCGCCUCAUCUCAUAUAGAUGAUUAUGAUGGUCAUGGUUAUCAACUGGUGAUUUCAAAUCUUUCCCUUCCAAUUGGAAAGAACUUUGAGCUCCGUAUAACAUGGAAGAAAUAAAUGAGUUAAAUCAAGUAAUUCAUAUGGUACCAAAAGAUAUUUUCCACUGAAUACUCGCAUAGUUUUUAGAUUGAUGGUGAAAAGAUACAAGGCAGCACUCCAUCUGUUGUUCCCACAUAUAAAAUUGGCUCACAAAACAGUUAAGAGAUCACUAAGUAUUAUUUAGGAGUCGAUCAAUAAGCAGGAAUCUUCCAUGUUUUUAUUACGGUGUCUGAAUCCUCUCUUUUUAAGUCUAAGAAAGGUUAUCAUAUGCUCAAUGCUACCCUCAAGUUUGCUGUCUUAAAUUUGCUCGCACUAUAUAGUUGAGAAAAGUGAGGUAUAUGAGGCACAAGGUGUCAUAUACAAAAAAGAACUUUUCUUUUUAAAUUAUAAUAUUUUUAUACAAUAUAUAAGACAAUUGUUAUCA